UUCAUUUUCCAUCUCUGUGUUCAACACAUCAUAGCAAUCUCAUUGAAAUGUUUUGGGUUUUGUCAAGUGAUUUCUAAGACGGUAUUUUUCAACCCAGGUCCUCAAGGUGCACUGCCCUGCAUGUUUUAGAUGUUUCCCUGCUUCAGCACACAUGAUUUCAAUUGAUGGCUGAUGAACAGACUUCUGCCAAAUUACAAUCAUCCGAAUGGGAAAAAACUAAAAGAAAAGCUAGAUGUGCCUUGAGGACCAGAGUUGGGGAAACGCUGUUCUAAGACACUUAAUUUUACAUAAAGCAAAAAUAAUUUUAAUAAUAAAAAAAUUCGUCCCAGUUCUUAAACGUUCUCCGAACCCAUAAGAGUGACCUAAUUAUAUGCAACAUUUUUUUCUCUCUUUUUGUGAAGGUUAAAUUUGCUACUUGCCAUAUGCAAUUAAGUGUUUCCAUAAGCUUUAAAACUUUAAAACAUUAUUCCGUUGAAACGAAGCAGAAAGCUUUUACUGCGAAAACAAAUCGGUUUCAAUUCCGGUCUGCUGCUGCUGUCUAAAACAGGUCCCUCUUUUGACUGAGCUGGAUCAUCAGGUGGUCGCUGGCUGGCUGGCCGAACUGAUCCCAGAACAGGCGGGUUUUUCAGCACCGCGGUCAGCUCCGAGCCCUGCCUCUUCCUCUUGCAGGCAGCGGAGCAUCAACACAUCAGCGCUUCCUCCAUCUGCAACCCCUCCCCUUUUAAAUGUGCUCUCGUGAUAAAUCCUUCUUAUCUGUCACACACUACUGGAGUAACAAGGCUUUAAACAUCACGCAACCAAGAAGACUCAACAGUAUUUCCGGUUUGUUUUUUCUUCUUUUUUUCUUGCUGAGAUCGGCUGCAGAUUUCCCCCCUCCAGCAGCCUGUGGCGUUAAUCAGGUACCUUUUGUGCCUCUUUCCUCCUGUGGAUCCAAUUAAUGCAGUUUUAUUUAGCCAAACAGUAGUUUAUUUUAGACCCCAGCAGCAUGUUGGAUCCGUCUUCCAGUGAGGAAGAAGGGGACGAAGUGGUCGAGGUGGAGCGCAAAGAGGAGACCGCCUCGAAGAGCCUCGGAGGAGCCCGACGGCCACCGGGCCGAGCCGCCGACGAUCAUGGCGGCGGAGGGCUUCAGCCCCGGGGCCGCGGCAGCGCCGGUGGCCGACCCUCCAGCCCCAGCCCUUCGGUGGGCAGCGACAAGGAAAAGGAGGACCUGGAGAAGAUGCAGAGAGAGGAGGAGGAGAAGAAAAAGCGGCUCCAGCUGUAUGUGUUUGUGAUGCGCUGCAUUGCUUAUCCGUUCAACGCAAAGCAACCCACCGACAUGGCCAGGAGACAACAAAAGCACUGGAGCACCACAGGGCACUGUACUCUCACCAUUCCCUUCUGCUCUGAGCACUUCAGACUUCCAGAGUCCUGUCAUCUACAGAUCUACUCCGCUGACUCUUCUUAA